UUUCUCCAUCCUCAGAACAAACCCAUGCCCAACCAGACCCCCAAAGUUGACAAUUCCAAUGGCCCCCAAGCUUUUUUCAAGGCCCAUCUCCCCAAGGAGAAAAAUCUACGUCAUCGCUCUAAUCCUCUUCCUCUGCAUUUUCUCCUACUUACUCGGCCUCCGCCAGCAUGCCUCCACCCCCACCGCCGUCCUCCGCAACACCCCCUGCACCACCCUCCAAAACGUCACCGUCUCCUCUCCACCCACCAAACCCCACUUCUUUCCGGCAUGCGGGGUGGAGUACAGCGAGUACACGCCCUGCCAAGACACCAAAAGGUCUCUGAAAUUCGACAGAGACCGGCUCAUUUACAGAGAGCGGCACUGCCCGGAAAAGGAGGAGGUUUUGAAGUGCCGUAUUCCUCCGCCGCCAGGGUACCGGAAUCCGUUUUCGUGGCCGGUGAGUAUGGAUUUGGCGUGGUACGUGAAUGUGCCUCAUAAGGAUCUGACGGUGGAGAAGGCUGUGCAGAAUUGGAUUAGAUAUGAAGGUGAGACGUUUAGGUUUCCCGGGGGAGGGACGAUGUUCCCAAAUGGAGCUGAUGCGUACAUCGAUAAUAUUGGGAAACUAAUCGAUCUUAAAGAUGGGUCCAUCAGAACCGCCAUUGAUACCGGCUGUGGGGUGGGAAGUUGGGGAGCUUAUUUACUGUCGAGAGGCAUCCUAACGAUGUCGUUUGCACCACGGGACACCCAUGAAGCCCAAGUUCAAUUUGCUUUGGAAAGGGGAGUUCCUGCGCUCAUUGGCAUUCUUGCCUCCAAGAGGCUCCCUUAUCCUUCCUCUGCCUUUGACAUGGCUCAUUGCUCUCGCUGCCUCAUCCCUUGGCCACAAUAUGAUGGGAUUUACCUGAUUGAAGUGGAUCGAGUUCUACGCCCCGGGGGGUACUGGAUCUUAUCAGGCCCUCCAAUCAACUGGAAGAAACACUGGAAAGGAUGGGAAAGAACAAAGGAAGAUUUGAACUCUGAACAGGUCUCCAUUGAAAAGGUAGCCAAAAGCCUCUGCUGGACUAAGAUAGUGGAAGAGGGUGAUCUUGCCAUUUGGCAAAAGCCCAUCAAUCACAUGAACUGCAAAGCCAACCGCAAGAUCAACAAGAAUCCACCUUUCUGUAAUGCCCAAGAUCCUGACAAAGCUUGGUAUACGGAUAUGGAAGCUUGUUUGACACACUUGCCAGAAGUUUCAAGCAGUGAGGAAAUUGCAGGAGGGAAGUUGCCAAAAUGGCCAGAAAGGCUAAAUGCAAUCCCACAAAGGAUUAGCAGAGGAAAUGUGAAAGGGGUGACAGAACAAACUUUCAUUCAUGAUUCUCAACUAUGGAACAAGAGGUUAUCAUAUUACAGAACCAUCAACAAUCGUUUGAGUCAGCCUGGACGCUACCGCAAUUUCUUAGACAUGAAUGCUUUCUUGGGAGGGUUUGCUGCUGCUCUAGUUCAUGAUCCAGUUUGGGUGAUGAACGUAGUCCCUGUGGAUGUCAAAGUCAAUACGCUCGGAGUCGUAUACGACAGGGGUUUGAUCGGCACGUAUCAAGAUUGGUGUGAGGCAAUGUCUACUUAUCCAAGAACUUAUGACUUCAUUCAUGCAGAUUCAGUUUUUAGCCUCUAUGAGAAUAGAUGUGAAAUGGAAGACAUUCUACUUGAAAUGGACAGAAUUCUGAGGCCAGAAGGAAGCGUAAUCGUCCGAGAGAACGUCGAGAUUUUGGCGAAAAUCAAGACAAUAGCGGAUAAGUUGAAUUGGAGCAGUGAAAUUGUGAAUCAUGAAGAUGGAUCAUCGCAUCAGAAUGAGAAAAUUCUAUUUGCAGUCAAGAAUUAUUGGACAGCACCUCCUGAAAUUUCUGAUCAACAAGGAUCAACAGCAACUUAAUCAUUCAUUCACCUUUCUUUUCUCUAUAUUUUUUAUGAACUUUUUUCUCUUUGAGCUUUUUUAUGAUUUACCAUCGAGAUUUAGCAAGAAUCAAGUGUUUUCUCCUGCAUUAAAAUUACUUUUGUCUCCCAUUUUUCUCUUCCUUUUUGCUGUAUUCAUUCAAUUCAAACCACAGUGCAUUGUAAAACCAUCUUAUUUGAUUACAAACAAAUUAAAGG